UCACCAUCACCGCUCCCAUCUCAACUACAAUGGCGUUAUUGAGUCGGCGCUCAGUCCGGUCUCCGGGAUUUCACAAAGCGGAAGCUUACCGCCCUAGUCCGAUAAGCCGCGGAGGGAGCGGAACGACGGUGUACCCUUCCGACUCGUUUCUGUCACACUGCUUAGGCCCGUCACCCCACCCCUCAAUUUCUCCGGGUCCUGCAUCGAACGUCCAAAGAAGUCCCAGAGACCUGGAGAAAUGCGAGAUCACUUGCACGUUCGCGGCUCUGGCGCCCUGCCCAAGGUGUCUUGGUUCCUGGUGCUCGGGCUAAAUGGCCCCGGUCCGUCUUGGCCGAUGCUCUAAUAUAAAAUAACUGUGGCAUCGCAUGUUCCCGGCGGCGUCUGCUCAACUACACAAUGGCUUUCUGUGCAUUGCUUUGUCGCUUGCUGCUGGUUGCGGCUACGGCGGAGGCGAAAUGGAUCGUUCCUGGGGCAAGGUGGCGGGAUACGGAGGGGAAUCUCGUGAACGCACAUGCUGGAUGCGUUACCGUGGAUAAAGAGUCCGGAAAGUUCUUCCUUUUUGGAGAGUACAAAGUCCAGGGACAGGUAGAGGGUGGCGGUGUGUCGGUGUAUAGCUCGGAGAAUUUGGCGACCUGGGAGCACCAUGGGAUGGCUUUGGUACCAAUUGAAGGCCAUCCGUAUAUCUCCCCUUCGCACAUCAUUCAGAGGCCGAAGGUCGUGUACAGCGAGGGCACUAGCAAGUAUCAUAUGUGGUGGCAUGCCGACAAUUCCACGUACGGUUGGCUUCUCCAAGGCUUCGCACAAGCAGACAAUAUCACUGGACCAUACAGCUUCGUCGACGCCACUGCCCCUCUCGGAAACUGGUCCCAGGACUUUGGCCUGUUCACUGAUUACAAGGAUGGGAAAGCAUACGCCCUGUAUUCGAACGGUGACCGAAAAGAGGGACGAGACGUGUAUCUCACGAGCUACAACAACGACAUCACCGCGCUCGACAAGGUCGUUCAUCGCUUCGACAAGUACGAUCUCGAGGCGCCCACGAUCAUCCAGACGGAGAAGAGCUACUUUGCGCUGAUGAGCCACAAGACAGGCUACAGGCCAAACAACGUCGUCGCCUUCCGCGCCGAUUCUUUGAGUGGUCCAUGGUCUCAGCCCUUCAUCGUGGCGCCGCUCAAUACGCGCACGUUUAAUUCUCAGUCAGGUUUCUCGCUGCGCAUCAAGGGCACCAAGCAGACUACGUAUCUCUACCUUGGAGACCAGUGGGAUUCCAACUCGCUCUGGGAGAGCCGGUACAUAUGGCUACCCAUGGACAUCAACGAAAACAAGAAAUCGCUCGAGGUGCUUUGGCACGAUGUAUACGAUCUAAACAUCAAAACCGGCGAGUGGAAGCCCAUCAAAGGAACUACCUACCAGGCCACCUCAGCAACCACAGCCGGCUCCGCCUUCGCCCAAGAAGCCACCUUCACCGACACUGGCGUCAUCCUCACCGGCAUCUACGGCAACGACAGCACGGUAACCUUCUCUGGCAUCGAAGGCAGCGGCAAACCCCAAUGGGUCUCCUUCUACUACCAGAACACGGACGACAUGGGCUUCGGCGACCAGCCGGGAGGAUCUCCAGAUCGCAUUGGUGGAUCCUGGCAGCUGAGACGCAUUGCGAGCGUUGUUGUGAAUGGCGAUACCCAGAAUGUGGAGACGUUGUAUCAGAGAGAUACGCAUAAGGGGAUUAUUCUGAGUGCGCCGUUGCAGUUGAUGCUGAAUAAGGGAAGGGAUAAUACGAUUACGAUUGGGGGACUGUCGAAUGGGUUUGAUGUUAAGGGCGCGGAUAUUGAGAAGAUUGUCGUGUAUCCGCCGGAGGGGUAGAAGCGG